AUGCCCGGUAGAACAUUGCCCACCAUUCCUCAGGCCGAUGUCGCCUCGCACAACACGGCCAAGUCUUGCUAUGUCACCGUCGGUACCAAGGUCUACGACAUCACUCCUUUCCUCGAGGAUCACCCUGGUGGUGGUGACUUGAUAGUUGAAUACGGCGGCAAGGAUGUCAAGGAUAUAAUGGACGACACAGCCUCCCACUUCCACUCGGAAUCUGCUUGGGAGAUCCUCGACGACUACCUUGUCGGCUUUGUCGCUACCGAGGCAGUCAUGAAGUCGGUCACCAACAGCACUCACCCCGUCGACAUCGUACCCCUGCCCCCCUCAGAAAGCGGUGCCGAGCAGCUACGUAAAGACGGUGUCAACCAGCCACUCUACGAAACUACUGGCAUGUCUUGCGAGGAAGACUUGUCGAAAGAGACGGACGCCACCUCUGAUUAUCGUACCCACAAGUUUCUCGACCUCAACAAGCCUCUGUUGAUGCAGGUUUGGAGAGGCGGUUUCACCAAGGAGUUCUAUCUCGAGCAAGUACACCGCCCUCGCCAUUACAAGGGUGGAGAAAGCGCGCCGUUGUUUGGCAACUUCCUUGAGCCUCUGAGCAAGACUCCCUGGUGGGUUGUGCCUACCGCUUGGGUGCCACCGGUCGCAUACGGCACCUACCUGUCAAGCCAAGGACUUUCUACUGUUGGCCUCGCUUCUUACUGGAUCACUGGCCUCUGUAUCUGGACGCUGGUUGAAUAUGUCUUGCAUCGCUUCCUGUUCCACCUCGAUCAGUAUCUACCUGACAACCGCGUUGGCAUCACACUUCAUUUCCUGCUCCAUGGCAUUCACCACUACUUGCCUAUGGACAGAUUGCGUCUGGUCAUGCCUCCAACUCUGUUCUUAGUUCUUGCCACGCCCUUCUGGUAUUUGGCUCACACUGUCUUCUUCUAUGACUGGAACGCUGCUACUGCAGUCUUUUGUGGUGGUAUCUUUGGAUACAUUUGCUACGAUCUGACUCAUUAUUUCUUGCACCAUAAGACUCUUCCUGCUUACUGGCGCGAGCUGAAGAAAUACCACCUGGCGCAUCACUUUGCCGAUUACGAGAACGGCUUUGGUGUGACCAGUCGUUUCUGGGACUGGGUGUUCAAGACCGAGCUGCCCAUGACCCCACCUAAGGUCAUCAAGACGUCGUAA